GGCAGCCAAGGAGAGGGGCUGGGGGCAGGAGGGAAGGCAGCAGCAGGAGGAGGAAGAGUCAGGAUAGCUGGUGGAGGAUGAGAAUCUGAAGCUUCGGGUCAAUUUCCCGGGAAAUCUGCAAGGAAGGAGGAGCGGGGGAGGAAUAAAAGUCCGCCCGGGUUCCAUCCGGAGAGAAACUCUGGACGUUCCAUCGCCCCUCCCCCCCCGCCCCGGGGAAGCCCGAACGUUCCAUCUUUCUUUUUGAAGCGCCCCCAACGUUCCAUCCGGUCUCCCCAGCGAGGGUUCCCCGCGUUCUCUUAGAAAGCCAGGCGGCUGCGAAGGGGACGGGGUGGGGGGGUGGGGGGCGCGAUCCGGAGGUGGAAGCGGCGAGAGGAUGGGCCAAGGCAGCCGAAAGAGAGGCCUGCUCCGUCGGAUGCGGAUGCUGGAAGAUCAAAGGCGAAGCUGGAGCUCCCUUUGUGUUUCCUCUUAGGGGAUCGCACCGCUUCGAUCUUGUUUUGGCUUAUUUUGGAACCGAGCCCUCCCCGUCUCUGAGAAGGGGGCUGGGCGUGCUAUUUUUUCCCCCUGGGUGGAGAAAGCCUCGGAUAUUGGAUUUAGCAUCCUUUCCACACCUAAUUUGUGUGUGUGUGUUUUUUAUCUCCCCUUCCCGGGGUGGCUGUGCAUCAAAGUCCAGCUUUUCUCUUUUUGUACCUUUUUUGUUCCCCUUCAAGGAGGGAACAAAUGCAAACCCUUCCUUUUUCUCCUCUCUCGGUUUUUUGGAUAAUGAUUUCUGCCGUGUCUUGCCGAUGGAUUUUGCCGGGUGAGGAUUUCUGGAUCAUCUUGUAGAAAGAGAGGUCUCUUGGAGACAGGAUGGAUGACCAGAAGCCGCCUGGUGAGGAGAAAGACUCUGAUACGCCAGCAGCAGAUGGAAUUGUCUCCUCGAAAGAGCAGGGCAGCGCAGAAGCUGAGCCCCUGAAGCCACCAGAAAAGAGCCCUGCGAAAGAGCCCUUGGAAGAAGUGGAAGCAAAAGAGGAACUGACCUGCUCCCUGCCCAAACUCUGCGCCUUCUGUAACUGCAGCAAGUGGAGCUUGCAUGGGCAGCGUGAGCUGUUGCGUUUUGAUCCGGCUCCUGACUGGGCAGAAGGUCUUUCUGAGCCUCAAGAAGGGGAGCAGCCUGGCAUUAGAGAAGCUGGAAACGAGGACCAGACUCUCAUCGGCUUUGCAGACGGUGUUUCGGUGCGAGAGGUAUUCGAGCCAACAGGGCACUUCUGGGCUCAUCACUGGUGCGUGGUGUGGUCAGCUGGAAUCCUGCGUGCAGAAGGGUCAUGGUUGAGCCAUGUGAACAAAGCGGUCAUCUCAGGGAUUGCACAGAAAUGUGAACACUGUAAGAGAUUGGGUGCUACCAUUCCAUGUCGAGCGGAGGGUUGCCAGCGCCACUAUCACUUCCCCUGUGCUGCGGCCAGUGGCUCCUUCCAGUCCAUGAAGUCCUUGAAGCUCCUGUGUCCGGAGCACCUAGACCAGGCUGUGCAGAUGGAGGACUCGCGUUGCAUGGUGUGUGACACGCCCGGGGACUUGCGCGAUCUGCUCUUCUGCACCAGCUGUGGCCUGCACUACCACGGCACCUGCUUGGAGAUCACGGUGACGCCCUAGGCCCAGCGCUCCGGCUGGCAGUGUAUCCGCAGAUGCAAAGUUACCAAGUCCUGUAGAGUAAGUGAGAAGGCCCACUGCGGGAUUUGGGAAGGAAACGACUUGCUAUCGGGAGAGGACAGCAUGACGUUAGUGUGUGAAGCUUGCGAUAAAUGUUACCACACGUACUGCUUGAAGCCGGCCAUCGAGAGCCUCCCUGUAGACUCCUGGAAAUGCAAGAGUUGUCGUGUUUGCUCUGACUGCGGCUUCCGCCCGUCCGCGCUGGAUCCUGGAUGCCAGUGGUACGAGAAUUACUCUUUGUGCGAAGGAUGUCAAGAGCGGCGUUGCAGGGAUGCAGCUGGUGCUGAGGCCAUACAGCACAGCCAAGAAAACGUGCCCCCAGCAAACAGUCCUCUGAAGAAUACAUGCCCCGUACCGGACACACCGGCAUCUCCCGAGCCGCUGGGGGAAGCCCAUGUGGCCAGCCCUGGACAAGCAGAAAGCAGUGAUGGCCCUACUAGCUUGCACCAAGAAGAAGAAGUCCAAUUGGAAUGUGUUGAAAAACCCACUGGUGGAGACAAACCUCUGGAGGUGUUCGGCAUGGACCCAGAGGCCCCGGCAGGGCAGGAACAAAUGGAAGUGGAGACAGUGGUGGAGCCUGAAAAUGCCCCCUCGCCAGCACCCCCUCCUCCGGUACCACCAGACCCUGUCUCGCCCACUCAAUUCGAGGAGUCAACCCCAGGUGCCAAAGAGCAUCCAGCCUUUGAGUCGCUGCCUGACGAGCAGGGACCCACAGAGAGCCAUAUUGAGACAGAACCAUCAGCCCAGCCAGCUGAGACCUCAUCUCCCACAAGCCCUCAGCCUUCCUCCUUCAAAACCGGUUCCCCUGAAACUCCUGAAGGAGAGGCCGGUGAGGAGCCCAUGGAUACCAGCGCUGAAGGGCUGAUCCCAGGUCACCUGGGCGACAACGGAGUCCAGGCCGGCCAAGAAGAGGAGGAAGAGGAGGCAGUGGCACCGAAGAUGGAGCUUGAGGGAAGAUUCUCCCCACAGCUGAGUGAGGAGGAGGCACUAGAAGAAGGACACGCUGCAGCGGGGCCGGAGCCCAACGAGAUUCCCCUCAGCUUUGCCGGGGAAUCCAAGCACUGUCCCUCACCGGUGGAGGCGGAACUGCUGGGCAGCACAUCCACCCUGUUAGAGGCCUAUGGCGCCACCAACCCGCUGGAGGGAGGGGCAGGGGGAGAGGAGGAGGUGGGGCCGGUCCUACCCCCCUUGAGGCCCCACCUCUUGGUUAAGUCAGAUAUCGUUAACGAGAUCUCAAACCUGAGCCAGGGCGACACCAGCGCCAGCAGCUUCCCGGGCUCAGAGCUCCCGUUUGCUUCCCCUUAUCAUGAAGGCGGGGGCUCGUUCUCCAUGGAAAUGGCCGGCUUGACCUCCACAGAUGUCAGCCUGCAAAAGGACGACGGAUCCUCCUUGGCUCUGGUCGAGAUGGACGACUCCUUACUCUUUGACAUAAAAAUCGAGGGCGAAAAGGGACGGCGGCGCAGCUCCCCAGCCCGUUCCCGUGUCAAGCAGGGUCGCAGCAGCAGUUUUCCUGGGAGGAGAAGGCCUCGGGGAGGGUCUCAUGGAGGUCGGGGGCGGGGCCGCUCACGGUUGAAAUCCACCACUUCUUCAAUUGAGACGCUGGCGCUUGCUGACAUUGACGGCUCCCCAUGUAAAGACGACGACGACGACGAUGACGACACCAUGCAAAACACCGUGGUCCUCUUCUCCAACACCGACAAGUUUGUGCUGAUGCAGGACAUGUGUGUCGUCUGCGGUAGCUUUGGCCGUGGCACUGAGGGACAUCUCCUGGCUUGUUCUCAGUGCUCUCAGUGUUACCAUCCGUACUGCGUCAAUAGCAAGCUAUCCCAUGUCCUGGGACCUCCGUACCUGCGGAACCGUCAACCCCAGUAUUUUCGCUUUGAGGGUGUCUGGCUGACAGAGACCGGUAUGGCUGUGCUACGGAACCUGUCUCUGUCUCCGCUGCACAAGCGCCGGCCACGCAAGGCAACGCCAACGACACCACGGCCAAGUGCCCUCAAUGGCGAGGGCGGGCUGGAAGGCAUUGACCCUCUGGGCCCAGAUGAGAAGAAGGAUGGUGAUGUAGAGCCAGAGGAGAUCCUGAAAGCCGAAGUCAGCGUGGAGCACAUGGAAUGCGAGAUCAAACUGGAAGCUCCACCUACCCCAGAUAGGGAAGUUGCCCCAGAUGCUGACCCCGGCAAGAGUCUGCUGGAGGACGCCGAGGAGGUCAAGAAGCGGAAGCGCAAGCCAUACCGCCCUGGAAUUGGAGGGUUUAUGGUGCGGCAACGGAAGUCCCACACACGCUUGAAAAAGGGCUGCCUGGCCUUGGCUGAAGUCUCUCGCGAGGCGACUGGCACAGAGGGGCACCCCGAGGAAGGGGCUCAGCUUUCUGAGAUCCCUGCAGAGGGUGCCCCUGAGCAGGGAGUGGCCGAGGCUGAUGAGAAGAAGAAGCGGCGUGGCAGAAAAAAGAGCAAACUGGAGGACAUGUUCCCGGCCUACCUUCAGGAAGCCUUCUUUGGAAAAGCUCUUCUGGACCUGAGCAAGAAGGCCCUGCUGGCAGCCGGUGGUGUGGGUGGAGAUGGAACAGCUCACCCUCCUAUUGGCCAGGGAGCUGCCAGGCCCAAGGUGGAUUCCAGCACGCUCCAGAAGGGGCCGAUGGAUGGGAAGGAGGCUUCGGUUCAGCCGAAAGGAAAUGAAUGUGCUGAUGGCAAGGAGGCAGCUGUCCCGCAAAACAGCUUGAAAGGUGUCGAGGCCAAGUCCGAAGAUUGUGGCACGGAAGAACAGAUGGUGCCCAAGAACACUCCAGAUCCUACAGGUGCCGAGAACCCAGCCACACCCCCGGGGGAGGGGGUGCUCAGCUCCGACCUUGACAAAAUCCCCACCGAAGAGCUGCCCAAAAUGGAGAGCAAAGAUGUCCAGCAGCUCUUUAAAGAUGUCUUGGGAUCAGCUGAACGAGAGCAGCAGCUCAACUGUGUUGGGGCUGAACCAGAGGCAGGAGGCAUCCGAGACCCAAAACGUCCGCAGCUUGCCCAAAGGCCUUUCUUGCAAGGUGGUGGAGUCUCCCUUGGACCCCUGCAGCCCACUGUACCUAUGGAGACCUACUCUGGAGUUUGCCAGUCCCCAUUUCUUGAUAGCAGGGAAAGGAGUGGCUUCUUCAGCCCUGAGCAGUGUGAGCCAGAAAGCCCGUGGGCCAGCAGUUCUACAGCAUCCACGCCCACCACACCCACCACAGAAGGGGAAACCGAUGGACUCUCCUAUAACCAGCGGAGCCUGCAGCGCUGGGAGAAGGACGAGGAACUUGGGGAAAUGUCCACCAUCUCACCUGUGCUCUAUGCCAACAUGAACUUCCCCAACCUCAAGCAGGAUUAUCCAGACUGGUCAAGUCGUUGCAAGCAGAUCAUGAAGCUCUGGAGAAAGGUGCCGGCUCCAGACAAAGCCCCUUAUUUGCAAAAGGCCAAAGAGAGAUGUCCGGCAGCUCACACGCAUGAUCAAGGUGUGGCUGGUAAGCAAGGUGAUGAUGAAAGAAGAGUCAUGCGUGUGGUAACUGAUGAUAGGGGGCAGAGUAGGAGAGAAUUCUGGGAGGAGGAACUUGACCGCGUGGCCUCGUUGAGAGCCAGAUCAGGGGCAACAGAUAAUGCCAAAGUCUGGCGAGGGGCCGCUGGCCGGAGACCAGGACCGGCCUCCGCUCUGCAUUCCGCGCGCAGAUCUCGCCCCAGCAAGGUCACAAGCCAGCCACCCAGCAGCCGCCGCCACCUCCUCCUGCUGCUGCCACCUCAGCAGCUGGCCAGCCCGUCUAUGUCAACAAUGCUGCAGCUCUGCCAAGCGGGUCAAGUGUUGAGUCGUCCAGCGAGCUCUUCCUCAAUCUUCCCUCUUCUGCCGCCAGUGCCCAGCCCGGUGGCGCAAGUGCCUUUGUGCCCUAUGGCAUGCACCUCCGCGCACCCUCGACAAAACCCUCGCUUCCCUUCUCCUUCCCUCACAGUGCCUGCCGGCUUUACCUCUUCACGCUCCUCCUCCUCGACAGUCCCCACACCUGCCGCACUUUCCCACCGUCCGCCCGCGCAGCUCCGGGGAGUUCCCCAGCCCACCCUCGGCCUGGGACCUCCGAGGCAGGCACCAGCCCUCCACCCCGACCUCGCUCCUCAAACCUCGGCUGUCUCGAAGUUGCGGGUCUCUGGAAAACUUGCUGUGCCUGGGAAGCCCCCAGCACCGCAGACCGAUGCUGUCGCCUCCUUUGCAGGAGCAGGCGAAAGGGCUGGAUAUCAAGAAGGAAGAUGUUGGGCCAGGAAUCUGCUCCUCCGGAGACCACGGCUAAGCUGGCGACUCCUCAGCUGGCCCAUCACCCUCUCUGGAAAUGAAAAGCCCCGAUGUGUUCAAAGCCCACACUCACCCCACGGCGUAAAUCCCAGGUGGAACCUGCAGUUCUCGCUUGGGGCAUCAUCGCCCCCCGGAUUCUGCACCCUGGCCUUCCCACAAAGGCCAGGCCGAUUCUACCGACAGUCCUCGCUCGACCACGGGAUCCGCCAGCUCGGCCUCCUGGACCCCGCAGGCCUCCAGCCCCCGCCCCCCGAGCUACCUUCCUCUCAGCUCACCACCUCUGACCCCUACUCUCGCGCAUCCCCGCCAGCCCGCAGUCCCAGUUCAGUUCCCAGUCACCCCUCCUCCUCUCGCCAACCAAACCGAAGCCUUCACGCCUGCAGUCUCCGGUCACCCCUCGUUUCAGUCCCCCCACCCUACUCCCGAGAGGCCCCUCGCCGCAGUCCGGGAUCCUCUUUGCCCCCACUGCAAAGCCCCGUCCCUCGCAAUGCAACGACCUGGCCCAGCCAAGCCUGCCAGUCUCCCACAGCAGCCCGUCAAUGGGAGCCCUCCAGCCUCCCUCCGGGCGGCCCUCACCCCAAGACCAGCCAGCAGCUUUGUGCUGGUUGCUUCCGGCUCCACCCAGUGCAUCUUUCCGGGCAGCUCUGGCCCCGUCAGCUUCACCUACCCUCCCAGCAGGCGAUCAAGGAUUCCCGCUUCCCACAGGAUCAAGCCAUUUUGCUCCGAGGGGUCUGCAGCCGUCUCAGCAGAGCACCUUACUGCACGGGCCGAGGCCGGCUCACCUGCAUGCAGCAGGGAGGAAGCGUGCUGUGGGCCUACCCGCAGGGAGCUGCAAGAACUGCUGCCAGCCGACCAGGAGAGAGGGCCCAAUCAGCAACAUCAGCUGUGACAGAGAAACAGCGACAGGGUGAGAAGGGAAAAGAACCCAAAGUCCCCGUGGAGUUUGGGGCAGGGGUGCAGUUGAACACUCUCUGGCAGGACGCCCCACCUGCAAACAUCUCAUGGAGCUUGGGGGUUGGGCAAUCAGCUGCCAGGGUCAAGCUCACCAAGGGAUUUAGAGAGACAGAGAUCAAACUGGAGCCGCUGGAGGAGCUGGACCGGACUUUGGAGAAAGGGAUCCUGGGCAGCUUGGGUACCGCCCCCGGAGGCAGCAAGCUGCCCAGUGCUGUGAUGGUGCAGACACCCUCACGCAGGAUGAGCGACUUGCCCGGCCACCCCCAGCAGCCACUCCUUCUGCGAUGGAUAUCAAUGGGCAGGCCAUCAGUGGUAGCUGCGCAACCAUUUUACCCUCGUGGCGUCUUCCAAGCCCCAUCACCACAGCAGCAGAUGUGGCGGCAGCAGCAGCAGCAAGCAGUGUCCAUGCGUCUCCCGACCCCUUCACGCUUCCCGCAGCCACCCACCCAAGACUUGAGCCGUCAGGCUCUGGGUGGCCUCGCCCCACGUUUGGUAGGUCCUGUAGACCAGCUUCAGGCUUCAACCAGCGCUCUGGGAGCCCAGUUCAUCGAGCUAAGACACAAUAUCCAGAAAGGAGUGGGCGGAAGUGGAGCAGGCCCUGCCUUUGUCCAGCAGAAUGCCCAAGCUCGACCCAGAUUCUUCCUGCCUGGGAAUGACAGCACCAACCAGGCUUUGAAAAGCCCUAUUAUGCCCAUGCAAGCCCCUGUCCUGGGAACUCAAGGCCUACAAGCCCCCAAAAUGUCAAUCUCCAUUGCAUCCUCCCCUCAGGGGGCAGAGAUGAGCAACAGCCAUCACCCUCACGUCAAGGCCGUGUCCCAGUUGAUUCUGCCCCCUGGUAACUUGGAAAUGCAACACGUCCCACCCCGUCCACUCUCUUCAUCUGGCCCCAAAGAGGUGCCCGUUGCACCAACUGCCAUAGACACACCUUCUGCUGCUGGCAAGAACCAGUUAAGUUUGGCCAGUAGGCAGAUACCCUGCGAAGUUCCGGUGGAGCCAGAUUUAGACGACGACUUUGAUACCCACAAAGAUCUGGAGGAUGACGAUGACUUGGCAAACUUGAGUCUAGACCCUGAUGUCGCCAAGGGCGAUGAUGAUCUGGGCAACCUGGACAAUCUGGAAACCAAUGACCCCCAUCUUGACGACCUGCUGAACGGUGACGAAUUUGACUUGUUGGCCUACACAGAUCCAGAGUUGGACACUGGGGACAAGAAGGACAUCUUCAAUGAGCAUCUGCGUCUGGUGGAAUCGGCCAACGAGAAGGCUGAACGUGAGGCCCUUAUGAAGAAGGAGCCCCCUAUUGGACCCUACCUCAAGGACAAUCCUUCCGCUAAUGCUGGCAAGUCAGGGGAACCGAAGGCAGAAUUGUUACCCAGAGAUGGUGUGCCCAAAGCUAAGGAGGGACUGAACCUCCUCAGUGUCCCCUGCUCUUCCUCUGCAGGAGUACCGCCACCCAUCCUGUCAACAUUGAAGACCCACAGUGACAUGCUGGACACCAAGCUGGUUGGCCUGCCAGCGGAUAUUAAGCCCAAAAUCGAGGAGGGCUGCAUGAAACCGUCUGCUUGUCAGUUUAAUACUGGCGCCUCAGAGAAGCUCCCUGUCAAAUCCGAGGCAGCUGAAAAAAUGGCCGCCACCUUAGCAGUGAACAUCAAACCCGGCCAGAACCUCAUGAGCCCCGGAGCUGGGGGGCCUGGAAUACGUCUCAGCAUGGCCCAGUUCCAGAGCAACAGCCAUACCUCCAUGUCGGAGAAGGUCCUGUACGGCCUCCCAAGCCGCCCACCGCUUACUCCCGGCCAGAUAACUAACGCAAACAAUUCAGUCAUGGAAAAGUUUGAGCUGGACGGAGGUCCCCUGAGCCUGGCAAAUACCCAGCAGCACUCUCCGGCGGACGACCUGGAUAAGAUGGAAAGCUCGUUGGUGGCCAGCGAGCUGCCUCUCCUGAUUGAAGACCUGCUGGAACAUGAGAAGAAGGAGCUGCAAAAGAAGCAGCAGAUGUCUGCCCAAGUCCCGGGGCCCCCCCAGCACCUCCAGCCCCACGCCAUGUUAACUCACUCUGCUCCCCUGAGCCAGCCUCACGACGGGCAGCUGGUGAACGCCCAGCAGCAGCAGCAGCAGCAGCAGCAGCAGCAGCAGCAGCUUCAGUUAGGCAUGGUGGCCAGGCAGCAAGCAAUGGUGGGCAACCAGCAAAUGAUGCAGCAGCAACCGCCGCCGCAGCAGCGUUUGGCCGGUCCUCAGCAAAGCCAGGUCCUAGCCCCGCAUAUGGGAGUGGCUCAAAACCAGGCCCACAUGCUUACCACCCAGCACGGCAUCCAAGCAACACAUGCUCAACAGAACCAGCAACAGGUCAUGGCUCAGAAGCCCAUGACUGGGGUCCAGCCGCCGCCGCCGCCGCCGCCGCCGCAGCAACAGAUCAUGGGGCUGAAGCCACAGCAGCUUGUGAUUCAGCAGCAGCAGCAGCAGCAGCAGCAGCAGCUGGCUAACAGCUUCUUCCCUGACACAGAUCUGGAUAAAUUUGCUGCAGAGGACAUUAUGGAUCCUAUUGCCAAGGCUAAAAUGGUGGCUCUGAAGGGCAUCAAGAAGGUCAUGGCGCAGGGUAGCAUUGGAGUGGCUCCUGGCAUGAGUCGGCAACAGGUCUCCCUGCUGGCUCAGAGGCUGUCUGGAGCUUCAGCUUCCUCUGAAAUGCAGAACCACGUCCUGCCUGGCUCCGGAGGGCAGGAACGGAGCAAUGACCCGACCCAGGCGCGUCCAAACCCACCCACUUUUGCUCAAGGUGUUAUCAAUGAAGCUGAUCAGCGCCAGUACGAGGAGUGGCUGUUCCAUACACAACAGCUUCUGCAGAUGCAGCUCAAGGUCCUGGAGGAGCAAAUAGGCGUGCAUCGCAAGUCCCGUAAGGCCCUGUGUGCCAAGCAGCGGACAGCUAAAAAGGCGGGCCGGGAGUUUCCGGAGGCGGACGCGGAAAAGCUCAAGUUGGUGACUGAGCAGCAGAGCAAGAUCCAAAAGCAGCUGGAUCAGGUCCGCAAGCAGCAGAAGGAGCACACCAACCUCAUGACUGAGUACCGCAACAAGCAACAGCAGCAUCAGCAACAAACUUCCACCGUCUUGGCCCUCAGCCCCUCGCAAAGCCCUCGUCUCAUGGCCAAGCUCCCUGGCCAACUGCUCUCUGCACACGGUCUCCAGCAGGGGCCACAGGGCUUAGCGGGCCAGGGUGGUGGCUUGCGCCUUCCUCAAGCCACCACCAUGGCUGUUCAGCAAGGCUUGUCCUUCAUGGGCCAGCAGCCACAGCAACAGCCACCACAACAGCAGCCUCCAGGGGGCGCCAAUGCCGCCACCUUCUUUUCCAGCAAUCGCCUCCUGCAAGAAAGGCAGCUGCAGCAGCAGAGGUUGCAGCUGGCCCAGAAACUGCAGCAGCAGAACCUCCUAGGGCAAGUGGCGAUGCAGCCGCAGCAGCAGCAGCAGCAAAGCCUCAUGGGACAAAUGGCCAUGCAGCAGCAAGGCCUCAUGGGACAGGUCUCAGUGCAGCAGCAACAGCAGCAGCAGCAGCAGCAGCAAAGCCUUAUGGGACAGGUCGCGGUGCAGCAUCAGCAUCAGCAGCAAGGCCUCAUGGGACAGGUCUCAAUGCAACAGCAACCAAAUGCGAUCAGCCAAGCUGGCUUGAUGGGCCAGCCCCCUCCCCCUCCCCCCACCCCCCAGCCCACCCAGAACCUGCUCCCGAAACAGCAAGGGCUGCUGAACAGCCCGCCGGGAGUCCUGGUCCAGCAGCUCUCCCCUCAGCAGCAGCAGCAGCAGCAACAGCAACAGCAGGCCAUGCUUGGACACCCCAUGUUGCAGCACCCUGGGGUGAUGGGGCACCAAGCUUCACAGAGGCAAAUGCUGUUGGCUCCGCAGCAGCAGCACAGGGCGCUGGGAUCUCCUCAGCAGCUGGCCCAGCAGGCGCAAGGCAUGAUGGGGCACCGGCUGCUUCUGUCGCAGCAGCAGCAGCAGCAACAGGGUCUGCUCGGGCAGCAGAGGGCUUUGCUGAGUCAACAGCAGCAGAGCUCGAUAGCACAACACCAGGCCCUUCUGGGCCCAGGGCAGGCUGCUCAGCAAGGGAGCCUGGGCCCAGGGCAGGCCCCGCAGCCAGGCUUGCUGGGGCAGGCCACUCCACCCGGAGCCUUGGGCCAAGGGCCGAGUCUAGCCACGGAGCCUAUCCAGCACUUUGCACAGCACGGGUCUCUGAACCAGACGCUGCACUUGAGUCAGGGAAUGCAGCCAGGCCCAUCGCAGCCGGGCCUGGUUGUCAAGGAACAGCAGGGAGGGCCGGAAGCUGCUGCCAUGCCGCCUCAAGAGGGGGCCGACAACAUGUCCCAGCAGGGGCUGCGGCCCCAUCUGGUGGGUCCGGAGCUGGGAGGGCAGCUGCAGCUAGGCACUCAGGAGCAGCAAGGGAUCGCCGGCCUCGGAGCCCCUCUGCAGGACCAGCCCUCCUCCCAGCUGAUGCUCCAGCAGCACGGGGAGCAUCAGAAGACUCCAGCGGAGAUGGGCCAGGCGCAGCAGCACCUUCUUCUGGGAUCUCAGGGCUCCCUGCAGCUACGCAUGCAGCAGCAGCAGCAAAGCAGCCUCCUGCAGCAGCCGCUGCGGACUCACCUGCCCAUGGAAGGCUCCCUGCAGCAAGACGCGUCCCAGCAGCAGCAGCAGCAGCAGCACCGCGAUGCAACUCAGGCCCCCCAUUUGCCAAACCAGCAGGUGGACCCACAAAGUCAAGUGCAAAAUAUCAUGGCCCAGCAGCAAAGGAUUGUGGGCCAGAACCUGGAGCCGCCUCCCAAAGGCCUACCUGGGCAGCUUCCCCCGCAACAGCCGCAGCUCCACCACCACCACCACCACCUGCACCUUCAGAGUCCGGCGGGCCCUUCCAAAACACCCGGGCUGAUGGUGCCGCAGCAGCCGCAGCAAAGCAUUAUGGUCCAGCAGGCGUUGCCCCAAGGCCAAAGCAUCCUGUCCAGCCCGGUGAUGGGCCAGAUCCGGGCCCAGCUCCAGGGGGUCAUCUCGAAAAACCCCCAGCUUCGGAACCUGACCCCGCAGCAGCAGCAGCAGUUGCAGGCUCUGCUGAUGCAGCGGCACCAACAGAACCUCCUGCAGCAGCAGCAGAGCCAGGCAUUGCGGCAAGCCGGCCCUUACCAAGGGCAGGGCCACGUGUCGACCGAGCCGACUCAGCCCGCUGCUCAGCAUCCGUCUCUGCCUGGGGCCGUGGCGCAGCCACCACAGAGACAGUCGCCUCUCGCGGUGUUUCAGGUCCGCCCAGAGCAGAGUUUCCCCGCCACCAUGGAACAGCAGAGGGUACCGGCGAGCCAGCAGGCAACGAGUAGUCCCCAACAGCAGGGGGUGUUAAGAUUUCCCACUCCACAGGCUUCCUCUGUGCCUUCGAGCAUCGCUGGGGUGGCUUCCUCUGCUCAACAGCAUCCUAGCCCUUCGGAUCCAAAGAGACCCUCCCCUGUGAUCUUAGCUAAAAGCCCUGAACAGCAGCUGACCCCCACAGAGAAAAAACAACCCGCUACUCCCGGUUCCCUGCUUCCCCCGGAACCAGCCCCAAGCACCCCGGAGAUCGUCACUGGGGCCUGCAACCUCAGGGAGUCAGAGUGCCCCACCAAAGACUCUGUGGAGCAAGGCACCGUCAACGGGCAGGCGGCGGGAUCUGCUUCUCCCCCAAUCGAAAGAGCUCCCGCCCCCACAGGCAGUUUUCAACCCGUCACCAUCAAGCAGGAGCCCAAGGAGGAGGCGGCGCAGUGUGCCUUGAUGAGCAGCGCCCAGCUGGUCAAGUGUGAGGCUAACGGGGACCUCGUGUCUGCAGCGGCCACCGUCCCCGCAACCACCAACAGCCUUGCCCGCUCGGAAGCUGGCCACCUCCUGUUGCAGAAGUUGCUGCGGGCCAAGAAUGUGACUCUGGCAACACAACGCUCGGGGGACGUCAAUGGCCACGUGGAUGGAAAAGUGGCUGGGGUAGAGGGACGCUUGCAGGCAGUCCCGGAUGUAAGAGCGGAUACGAUAACUGCAAAGAAACCCCCACCUCCCAAGCCCAAACGAUGUCAAAAGGCUGGAGAGAGACUUGCCAACUCCCGCAAGAAGUUGCGCAAGGAGGAUGGGGUGAAGACCAAUGAAGCCCUAAUGAAACAGCUCAAACAGGAGCUCUCCUUGCUGCCUCUGAUGGAACCUGUCAUCACGGCCAACUUCAGCCUUUUCUGCCCGUUCGGGAGCAGCCCCAUCAACGGCAAAAGUCAGCUCAAGGGCUCUUUCGGGAAUGCUGCCUUGGACAGCAUUCCGGAUUACUACUCACAGCUGCUUACCAAGAACAACUUAAGCAACCCGCCGACACCGCCGUCUUCAUUGCCCCCCACGCCCCCGCCCUCGGUGCAGCAGAAGCUGGUGAAUGGAGUUCUGUCGACCGAGGAGCUGACCGAGCAGCCCAAGGAGCCGCUUCUGCCCCGUGAGCCCGAAGGACAAAAAGAUUCUCCCCCCGUGGAAGUGAAAAGUGUUGACCUCCUGGCAGCCCUGCCCACCCCGCCACACAACCAAACUGAGGAUGUCAGGAUGGAGAGUGACGAAGAAAGCGACUCCCCGGAUAGCAUUGUCCCCGCGUCGUCACCUGAGAGCGUCCUGGGAGAAGAGGUGCCGCGCUUCCCCUUGCUGCUUGGAGCCAAGGCUGAGUUGGAGGAGCGCCCAUUGUCACCUGUCAUACCUAUCAUCCCAAAAGCCAGCAUCCCAGCCUUCCCAGAUGCCAAGCCCUAUGUAGCGCUGGAGCAAAUGAGUAAGGGAACGCCAGGUACUUCAUGGGACAAGACCAAGGGUAGCGAGGUCUCCGUCAUGCUGACCGUGUCCGCAGCUGCUGCAAAGAACCUGAAUGGUGUCAUGGUGGCAGUCGCCGAACUGUUGAGCAUGAAGAUCCCCAGUUCUUACGAAGUGCUGUUUCCAGACAGCCCGAUGCGGGGUGCCCCCAGCGAACCUCGGAAGGGUGACGCCGAUGCACAAGGCAAAGAGAAGCCGGUUGCUGCCAAAGUCCCUGAGGGUGGCCCCGAAUGGUUGAAGCAGUUUGAUGCCAUGUUGCCUGGUUACAGUCUCAAGAAUGAACUGGACAUCUUAACGUUGCUCAAGCAGGAAAGCACAGCUCCAGAAAAGACUGCCCAGCACUGCUACAUCAACAACGUCACCAACCUGGACGUGCGGCAGCUCUUGACGCUCCCUGAAGAGCCAUCCCCUCCUCUUUCCCCUUUUGCGCCUUCCCCACCCAGUCCCCCCAGGGCACCAGAGCCUGUCCCGGAACCGGAAUUGCCGCCCCUCCCCGCUCAGUCUCCCCCGGCUUCCUCUCCUAAAGAGGAAGCUCCUCUGUCCCCACUCAAAGCUAAGCCACGCUCCCGGCCCCUGGAAGACAAUGAGGAGAACAAGCCACGGGUGAAGAAAUGGAAAGGGGUCCGCUGGAAACGGCUGCGGUUCCUGAUCACCAUCCAGAAGGGUGGCUCCAAGCGGGACGGGGAGAGGGAGAUUGCCGAAUUCAUCGACCGCUUGGCCACCACCCUUCGGCCCGACAAAGUGCCACGCGACUUGCGGAAGUGCUGCUUUUGCCACGAGGAAGGGGAUGGGGCCACAGACGGCCCGGCGCGUCUCUUGAACCUCGACCUCGACCUGUGGGUGCAUCUCAACUGCGCUCUGUGGUCCACCGAGGUUUACGAGACCCAGGGCGGGGCCCUCAUCAAUGUGGAAGUGGCGCUGCACCGGGGCCUGCUCACCAAAUGCUCCCUGUGCCAGAAGACCGGUGCCACGAACAGCUGCAACCGCAUCCGCUGCCCCAGCGUCUACCACUUUGCCUGCGCCAUCCGGGCCAAGUGCAUGUUCUUCAAGGACAAGACGAUGCUGUGUCCCCUGCACAAGCUCAAGGGCCCCUGCGACCAGGAGCUCAGCACCUUCACCGUCUUCCGGCGUGUCUACAUCGAGCGUGACGAGGUCAAGCAGAUUGCCAGCAUUAUCCAGCGCGGGGAGCGCCUCCACAUGUUCCGGGUGGGGGGCCUGGUCUUCCACGCCAUAGGGCAGCUCCUGCCUCACCAGAUGGCCGACUUCCACAGUGUCACGGCGCUCUACCCCGUCGGCUACGAAGCCACCCGCAUCUAUUGGAGUCUGCGGACCAACAACCGGCGCUGCUGCUACCGCUGUACCAUCUGCGAGAACAAUGGCCGGCCAGAGUUUGUGGUGCAAGUGAUGGAACAGGGUCUGGAGGACUUGGUCUUCACGGACUCCUCGCCGCAGGCUGUGUGGAACCGCAUUAUCGAACCGGUGGCCGUGAUGCGCAAGGAGGCGGACAUGCUGCGACUUUUCCCCGAGUACCUGAAGGGAGAAGAGCUCUUUGGCUUGACAGUGCACGCUGUGCUGCGCAUUGCAGAGUCUUUGCCCGGUGUUGAGAGUUGCCAAAACUACAUGUUUCGCUACGGGCGGCAUCCCCUCAUGGAACUCCCCCUCAUGAUCAACCCGACAGGUUGUGCUCGGUCGGAGCCCAAAAUCCUCACACACUACAAACGGCCCCACACCCUGAACAGUACCAGCAUGUCUAAGGCCUAUCAGAGUACCUUCACAGGUGAAACCAACACACCAUACAGCAAGCAGUUUGUCCACUCCAAGUCCUCGCAGUACCGCCGCCUCAAAACAGAGUGGAAGAACAAUGUCUACCUGGCACGCUCGCGCAUCCAAGGGCUCGGGCUCUAUGCCGCCAAGGAUCUGGAAAAGCACACAAUGGUCAUUGAGUAUAUCGGCACCAUCAUCCGCAACGAGGUGGCGAACCGGCGUGAGAAGAUCUAUGAGGAGCAGAACCGAGGCAUCUAUAUGUUCCGCAUCAACAACGAGCACGUCAUCGAUGCCACGCUGACGGGAGGACCGGCCAGAUAUAUCAACCACUCCUGUGCUCCCAACUGCGUGGCGGAGGUUGUGACUUUCGACAAAGAGGACAAGAUUAUAAUCAUCUCAAGUCGUCGAAUACCCAAAGGAGAGGAGCUUACUUAUGACUACCAAUUUGACUUUGAAGAUGAUCAGCACAAGAUUCCGUGCCAUUGUGGAGCCUGGAAUUGCAGGAAAUGGAUGAAUUAGCCCCAAGAGGCUCUUCGGACACGGUGGGGAAGGGGGGGGGGGGGCCCUGACCGCCUAGCACAAAUGGUGCAGGAGUCUCGGAAAAGAGAGGCCUAUUCUACCGGAUCUCCCAACCCUCCUGUAGGGUAGAGCCCACCCAGGGAAGCAUGAUUGGAAUCCAUCACCCCAACAUGCUGGCGGGGCAGCUGGGACACCAAAGUGCUCAGGUGACAUCGGCGUACCUGCCACUGCGCUGCCAACCUCGGUUAACGGAGAUAUCAAGUCAGCUGUUCGGCUGUUGGGCUCAGCUGCCUCCUCUACCACACAUGGCAACCUGCUUUCCCCCAGCAGAAGGCAGCGGCCGCUGGCAAGCCCCGUCUCGGGUGGGGAACUGAUAAACUGGCAACUCAGGGUUUUCUUUUUAGUAUUUUACUUUGGAGGCCGUAAUGGGGAAACCUUCCACCCCCUGCGCACCUGUAAAUAAUGGACUUCAGAAAUAUACUGGGAGGAGACAGGCGACAGUCUGUCUAGCAGAGCCGGGGGAAGGGAACCAUCAUGGCUGUUCAGUCCGCAGGGGAGAGAGUUUGUACAUUUUUCUGUGAGUUUGUGGAACUUCUCGUGGCUGUGUGUGCGUGCGUGCGUGCGUGCAUGGAUGAGAGACAGCUGAUUUUUAAAAUAAAACUUAAUAUCUACGGCUUGCUAAUUUACCAAGGUAACAAGAGGCUUCAAAGAGACUCGUUGGCUUGACAAUCCACCUUCCAGAGCUCCCCGGCUCUGGAUUUUGUAUACGUUUAGAUGUUGCAUUUGAAAAAGGGGUGCGUGCGUGUGUGUGUGUGUGCAUGUGUGCGCGCUCGCUUUUGCGGGGGAGGAGAACUACUUCUAGUGAACUGCAGGCCCUGAGUUGGCGAAGCUGGAAAAUGGACCUUCCCUUCCUCCCGCCCGCCCUUCCCCAUCUUCCAUGCGCGAGGAGCGUCCGCACUUGAACCUACCUCAUUUGAAGUGUUAGAUUUUGGGGGGUGGGGGGGUGUUUUGUUUCGUUUUUUCAAAUGUGAGCCCCUCGCUGUGCCACCCCUCUGCUUUUUUGGAACCCCUCUUCCUUGAACAUGGAGAGCCGCAGCUGGGAAACAGUUUCUGCGUGGAGGUGCGGACCGUCAUGCUGAGACUGUCUGCAGCACACACACACACCCCCGGCCCCUCUCCACCAAGCACAAUUUGGUCUCUCAAAAGCCUUCCUGACCGGAUUUCUGAAAUGAGCCAUCAAGGGCUCCCUCUUCCGCCCGCUGAAAGGGCAGAUCCCUCUGCGAGACAAAACGGUGGGGUUGCAAAUGUGCCAAUGCAGUCGGGGAACCAGGAGCUGCCAGUCACCAGACACCAGUCCCCUGCUCCCGUUGAGUUUGUCCCGUGUCGCUCACGCAGUCGGCAGAGAGGGAAUCCUGCGCUUGAUCAACGGAGCUGACCGCCGUUCCCGUUCCACCAUUUCCCAUUAUCCAACCUGCUGCUCUGGAGGCUCUCGUGUGUUUGUGUGCACUACACGCGCGUGUGUGAGAAAGAGAGACGUUGGCACAUUGCAGAGUGUGGGGAUUAUUUAUCUAUUUAUAUAUAUUGUGUAUAUAUUUGAACUAGCCGGGGGGACGGAGGCCCUGGCUGCAAGGUUUUUCUAGACUGCUGGGUGGAUCUCUGCAGAACCCCCUCCCCCCCCCCACCUCGCGCCCGAGGAAGGGAAGCAGAAGCGCGACUUGUUUGUCGGCAGAACCUUGGGUGGAAAAGGGCAUGUGUAAAGAACCCGUUUUUAUGCUUUCUAGGUGUGCGUGUGUACAUAGAUAUAUAUAUAUUAUUAUUUUUUCUUUUUUAAAAAAGAAAAUAGAAUCAAUUUAUAAAGAGCCAUCUGCCCAGCAGCGUUCCCCCCCAGUGCAGGGUGAUUCCAUAUGAAUUAGCAGAAGGCAAAAUGUGGGCAUUAGACAAGACAGACACCCCAACCCCCACCCCCACCCCC